CCUUAGAAGACCAGUGGCGGAGUGCAGAAGUUUCCUCCCUGUGUACAGAAGUUGUUGGGUUGAUCGCUGUGUGUGUGGACGGACUGAUCGGGAUCGCUGUGUGUUGGCACCAUGCUCCGGGCUGCCCUAGGUAACCUCUGCUCCAGGGUCUCCUCUGUCCCUCUGGGCACACAGGUCGCAAGAUUCUCUGCCGCUGCUAUUCCUGCACCCAACCCCAAACCAGACGUGCACUUUAACCAGCUUUUCAUAAACAAUGAAUGGCAUGAUGCAUCCAGCAAGAAGACCUUCCCCACCAUCAACCCAUCCACCGGAGAGGUCAUCUGCCAUAUUGCAGAGGGUGAUAAAGCAGAUGUUGACAAGGCCGUGAAAGCGGCACGAAAUGCGUUCAAGUUGGGAUCACCAUGGAGAAGAAUGGAUGCUUCACAAAGGGGACUCUUGAUAAACAGGCUUGCUGACCUUAUUGAACGGGACAGGGCUAUUCUGGCUAAUUUGGAAACCCUGGAUAAUGGAAAGCCUUAUGCAAUCUCCUACGCAGUGGACUUGGAUCUUGUACUCAAAUGUUUGAGAUACUAUGCUGGAUGGGCUGAUAAAGGGCAUGGCAAAACUAUUCCCAUCGAUGGAGAUUAUUUCACAUACACCAGACAUGAGCCCAUUGGGGUCUGUGGACAGAUCAUCCCGUGGAACUUCCCAUUGCUGAUGCUUGCUUGGAAGUUUGGUCCUGCCCUGGCAACUGGAAAUGUAAUCGUCAUGAAGGUGGCAGAACAGACUCCUCUCACUGCUCUUCAUGUUGCCAGCCUAGUAAAAGAGGCUGGAUUCCCACCUGGGGUUGUUAACAUCGUUACAGGAAUGGGUCCCACAGCAGGUGCUGCCAUCUCGUCUCACAUGGAUGUAGAUAAAGUUGCCUUCACUGGCUCUACAGAGGUGGGUCGUCUGAUUCAGCAAGCAGCUGGUAAGAGUAACUUGAAGAAAGUAACCCUUGAACUUGGUGGAAAGAGCCCCAACAUCAUAUUUUCUGAUGCGGACUUGGACUGGGCUGUGGAGCAGGCCCACUUUGCUCUGUUCUUCAAUCAAGGACAAUGCUGUUGUGCAGGCUCUCGUACCUAUGUUCAGGAGGAUAUUUACAAGGAAUUUGUGGAGAGAAGUGUUCACCGGGCCAAAAACAGGAUCGUUGGAAACCCCUUUGACUUCAAAACUGAACAAGGACCUCAGGUGGAUGAGGAACAGUUUAAGAAGAUCCUGGGUUACAUAAAAUCUGGUAAACAAGAAGGUGCCAAGUUGUUGUGUGGUGGGAGCCCUGCUGCUGACCGUGGAUACUUUAUACAGCCCACAGUGUUUGGAGACGUGACUGACAACAUGACCAUUGCCAAAGAGGAGAUUUUUGGACCAGUAAUGCAGAUCCUAAAAUUCAAGAACAUUGAGGAUGUUAUUGAGCGGGCCAACAGUUCGGAGUAUGGUCUAGCUGCGGCGGUGUUCACAAAGGACAUUGACAAAGCAAACUAUGUAUCUCAUUCUUUGCGGGCUGGAACUGUGUGGGUCAACUGCUAUGAUGUCUUUGGAGCACAAGCACCUUUUGGAGGGUACAAAACUUCUGGCGUUGGAAGAGAGCUGGGAGAAUAUGGCUUGGAGGCAUACACAGAAGUGAAGAAUGUGACCAUUAAAAUCCCACAGAAGAAUUCGUAAACCGAAUAGUCGUUUUCUCUAUAUGCACGUCAUGUGUUUUGCUUUCUGUCAAUGUCUUUCUAUCAUUAGGACCAAUAGAAUUUCUAGUCUAAACCUCUUGUCGCUUAACUAAAAGCUACUUUUUUCUAUUUUAUGAUGGUCUUGUUUGGCUGUGUUCUGUAAUAAAGAUUUGCCUUACUGCUAAUGUCAUAAGCUUUGACAAAGGUUGAAUGGUAUCUGUCCAAGUGGAAGAAUGAACACCAAAGUUUGCCAUCCAUCUCCAUAAGAUAAUACAUAUUAAUGUAGCAGUUUGGUGUAUUAAUGACAAGUUGGUCUGUUGUGAAUGUAGCACUUACAAUAUAUUGUUACAAUUGCAAUAAAAGCCUAUGUCCUGUUUUGAGUCA